GGGGGGGCGGGGAGGAGAGGACGGGACGGGACAGAGAAAGCACCACACGCUGCCCAGAUCAGGAAACCCUGCAUUGUCUCUGCGCCCUAUAUAUAGGGGCCCCGAGGCAGUCGUGUGCCCGACCUGCAGCCUCCACUCUCCUGCCGUCGGUGAAGGCGCUCUCCUCGCCUCGCGCUCCAAGGUGGGCUGCUCCCAAAGAGAGAUCGUCGCCUCUGGCUCAGGAUGUCUCCCAAGACGGCCUCUUCUUCGCCAGCCUCGACCACCAGCGAGGGGGAGCCGCCCUCGUCAGGCAUCUCCGACGACGACGCCUCCUUCGCCUCGUCUUCCCCUUCGCUGGGCGCCGGCGGCAGCCUGCCUUCGUCUCCCAGCCCCUGCCUGCUCCUGGUCGAGGUGGGCGCGCGGGCUGCGCGCGGCGCCCCGACGAAAGGGCGUCGGGGCCGAGGGCCCGGCAAGGGCGAGGGGCUGGGCCCCAGCAAGGCCAAGAGGAGCCGGCGCAUGAAGGCCAACGACCGGGAGCGCAACCGGAUGCACAACCUGAACUCGGCGCUGGACGCGCUGCGAGGCGUCCUGCCCACCUUCCCCGACGACGCCAAGCUGACCAAGAUCGAGACGCUGCGCUUCGCGCACAACUACAUCUGGGCGCUCACCGAGACCCUCCGCCUGGCCGACCAGAAUUUGGCCGGCGCCGGGCCGGGCCCCGAGGUGGGCGCAGCUUUCCAGCAGCUGGGCGCCGGCUGCGACAGCCUGGCUGCCUGGCCCGCUUGCUGCCAGUGGGACGCCGCCUCGCUGGACUCGCCCGGCUCGCAAGAGGGCAGCCUCAGUCCCACGGACUCCUUCCAGGCGCCCCCCGGCGGGGGCCCUCUCCGACUCAGGCGCCCCCCGGAGCGCGCGGUCUUCCCGGACUUCGUCUGAGCUGCCUAGUCUUGCCCGAGAUCCCCUCCUCGACGGACUUCGUGCGCGCAUGUACUAGGGGCAGCUCGGCCGCUUGGCUCUCCCCUCCACUAGAUUCGCCUCAGCCUUUACCUUAAGAGGGAGAGCUCCCUCCACUUGGUCUGUGCAAUUUUCCUGACAACGCACCCCCCCCCAUUUAUUUUUUUGGGGAGAAGCCAAAACAGGGCUGGGAAGAAAAUAAGACAUAGCCCUCAGAGCCAGGGAUCGGGAACCUGGAGCCUCCGAGAUGUGGUUGAACUACAACUCCCAUCAUCCCUGAGCAUUGGCUCCGCUGGGUGAAUAUGAUGGAAGCUGAAAUGCGACCGCGUCCGGAGGCACCAGGAGGACUCCUGUCUCUGCGCCAGAGACUUUCCAGAUGGGGUGGUUUUCUCAUCCGGAGACUGUGCAGCGGUCAUAUGCAGUGGCCUUGCUCCAGUUAGCAUAAAACGUUAAGGGAGAAAUUGCGUUUUCUCUAGGGCUCAAAUGACAGCACUGAAUUGGGGUGGGGGGAAUGCCCCCCCCCAGCCUCCAUAAGCAUAAAAUUUGGGUGUAACUCAAAGUCACCCUUUGGAGAGUUGCUCAUGACAUCACUAGGCAGCUAAUUCCGCUGCCUCAUCCUCUUUGGUACUUAAAGAUUUUAUUCAUACUGUACUUAAAUAAUAAUAAUAAUCAUCAUAAUCUGUAAUGGGUUAACUGCACCCUAUUGUAACAACGCAGCAAGGUGCGCUUACUUAGUGUGGAAUUCCAGCAGGAUACUCAGCCCCUUUCCCCGUGCAGCAAUGUCUUACCAUUUCAUGCCAACUUUUGCAUCUCUUCCAAUCUCUCUCCCCCCCCCCAUUUAGUUCUGGGUCCUAAAAGGAGAACACCUACUGAUUCCCACCUUUUAUGUUUGUUCUGGUGGGAUAAUUGCACUGUACUGGAGGUAGUGUGGACAGCAGUCUAAAUCAAAACACAGGGCCAUAAGCAUAAGCACAACUGUUCUCCCACUGAAACCAGUAGGACAUAAGGUGCUUCACUAGGCUGCAUUCCCCACUGCCCCAAGCCCCAAAUAUCUCCAUACUGAAUGCAGUUGCUUAGAAACUGCUGCUUUCAGGGGGACCUUGCUUGGACAUAGGAGCUCAGCCUUUUGCUUUUGGGAGGAUGAAUCUGGAAUAUUAUCCAGCACAACUCCAGAGUGAUUGAAAAUCUCUGUGAGCAUGUCUUGAAGAGAGGGUGAACCUGCUCUUUUAAACCACCCUCAAAUCACUCACGGGGAAAAUACAUAUUCAAGAGCACUUAAUAUAUAGAUUAGUUGCCCUUCGCUUUGAACCACCCUGUGGUUGAGUGGUUGUAGCUGUAAUCCUAUGUCUUAUUCCCUGGGAGGAACACAAUGGGACUUACUUCUGGGUCAACAUGUAUAGAAUCAGCCUUGAGAGUGGGACGGAUGGGCUUUCCUUACCCAGUUUUCAACACGCGCUAAGGGUGGCAUAAUUUAUGACAGAGCGUAUGCUCUAAGAAAACGAGAAACAGUGGUGAGCAUAAAACCUAAAGUGGUAGUUGCUCUGGGUGAAUCAAGCAGCAUGCAAAGGUGUGAACUUGUGUGUGUGUGUGUGUGUGUGUGUGUGAAUGCAACUUGGACAGGCAGGUAAAAUGCGUGUGGGGUUUGGAGGGGGGAGGUCAACAUAAGCUUAAAGGGGAUGUCACUCAGUGACAAAUGGUCCAAUUGGCAUUUCCACUGCAAGCCCUGGGUGAGAUGGCCGGCUCUACCAUUAGACAGAAUGUGGCAGCUGGCCAGGGCUGUGGGGGGACAGUGGCAGCAGGUCCCUUUUGAGAUUCCCAUGCUGUUCCCCUCUAUUGGAGGACAGAGCUUUGCACAUCACCCAAGCAGCUCUGUACACUCCCCCAAGCUAGCCCACAGCAGCCCUUUGUUGCGGCACUGUCCUGCCAUGAGUGUUGAAGUAAGAUUCAGCAGUCAGUCUGACUGGCAUCUGCCCAUGGAAUCUUAUCCUUUGCCUCAGGCAGCAAAGCCAGCAGCAGACGGACCAGUGGCUCACCUCAGCAUACAGCAGCAGCUUCCCAUGCCCAUACACUCCUCUAAGAAAGAGAAACAGCAAACUUAUUUGCAAUUAAAAUUGAAUUGAAAGCAGAGGGAUUCACUGUGUCAGUCCCUCUGAAGCGAGGAAUUUCUCUACAUGGGGAAGUGUGCAUGUGUGUGAGGGGGGCACAGAGAGAGAGAGCGUGAACAUGUAUGUGCUAAGUACACAUGCAUUUAAUAAAAAGUCUCUGCCUUUUGGUACAUUUCAGACUAAGACUGAAAUCCUAUACCCACUUACCUGGGAGAAAGCAGCAUGGAAUCCAGUGGGAUUUCCUUCUGAGUAGACAUUUACGGACUAGCACUGCAAGCUCCUAUUUCCCUGUAAAAUGGUACCACGCCCGUAAGAAGCAUUGAUCCCUUCUUUUUGUACUGAAGAUAAUAAUUUAUAAUAAUUUCUCACUGUUUUGUAUUUAUUGAUUCUAUUUCAGAACAAAUAUAUGAAUAUAUGAAUAUAUUAUAUAUACAGUAUAUAUGUUUGGUACCGAAGAUUAUAUUAUAUACAUGUUGCAGAGUUACAAUGGGGAGAAUUAAAAUGACUUUGCUGGUGGUGGGAAUUAAAUUUUUUUUGGGGAAAAAAAUAUGGAAGUGGUCUCCUUUCAAACUUGAUGAACACAGAGAACUUUCCAAAUGCACAUGCAAAUGAUAAGGAUCCACCAAUCGUCCUCAGGGCA